GUGCGGUAUAGAGACCCAUGUCAUCCUCAUCUCAGCCUGAAGUUCGCGUUCUCGUCGUAUGUUUAGGCAAGGGGGCCGUUCCCCGCGUCAUCGUACGAUCAACUGACCGAUCGGGCGCUUACAGGCAACAUCUGCAGGUCUCCGAUGGGGGAGGCCGUCUUGAGGCAUGUCGCAAAGCAGCGUGGCAAUGAGGUCUACGUGGACAGCUGCGGAACUGGUGGCUACCAUGUUGGAGACGAGCCAGAUGACAGGACGCUCGCGACUCUGAAGAAACACGGUAUUUCCCUCGAUCGCGUUGCCCGACAGGUUUCCGAGGACGACUUCCGCACCUUCACGCACAUCCUUGCCGCCGACAACUCGAAUCUGGCUGCCCUUCAGCGUAUGAGACCGCGCGAUGCAAAGGCUAGUGUAGAGCUCUGGGGAUCGUACCUCGAUGGCAGGCCGAUUGCAGACCCGUACUACGGUGGCGUCAAAGGGUUUGAGCAAGUCUACAACCAGUGCACUGCCCUCUCGCACGCUUUCCUUGACAAGACGUUCGGCCCUCAGAAGAAGUAGCCGUUUUUACUAGACCUCAAUCAUGAUCUGUAGAGUAACAUCGUUGCAUUUGUAUAGACAGAAAGUUCACCAUGUCCUGUAGAAUGGUUAACACAAUGAAAAAGCUUGCCGCCGCUUGCC